CGAUGAAGGGAUUUCCCCGCAUUGUGGGGCUGGGCCGCUUUGUACCGAGGCUGGGGCAUGCAGUACGAUACACCGACGCCCUGCAACACCACGCCCUGCAAGUAGACGCCUGUUAAUUACAUGACUUUAUUUCUGUAGAUACUUCAGAGACAAUCAUUCAAUUUUGUAUGUCGUGGUCGUCUUGUUGCCACAGUCUUACAUUUGAGGUCAAGUCAUACUUGUCAUACUGUCAAGUCACAUCGUAAUCCGCACUAAAGCAAACACACUUCAGCUCCAUUGCCGACGACAUCUUCCUAAACAGGCUACGUCUUUGGAAAUGGCCUCAAACGGGAGUACAGAACCAGCCCCGGAGGGGGUAAAGACGGGGAGGAUCACCCUUGGGCGGUACAUGUGGGAGCGUCUUCACCAAGUCGGUGUUGAAACUAUAUUCGGCGUACCUGGCGAUUUCAAUCUGCAAUUCCUCGACUCCAUCUACCAAACUGGCGGACUCAAGUUCAUCACCAACCAAAACGAGCUCAAUGCCGCAUACGCUGCUGAUGGAUAUGCCAGAGUAAAGGGCGCGCCAGGAUGCUUCGUCACUACUCACGGCGUGGGCGAGCUGAGUGCUCUCAACGGUGUAGCCGGUGCAAUGUCGGAGCAUGUCAAGUUGAUCCACGUCGUCGGCCAGACGACACGCACGAUGCAGAAGAACCACAUGAUGAUCCACCACUCCAUCGGACGAAAGCCAGACCACCAGACCUACAAUAGAUGCUCGGAGCCUGUACGAUAUGCUGCAGCAGAGCUAUGGGACAUUGAGACUGCGCCUGCCGAAAUCGACCGCGUCAUCAGGGAAUGCUUCAUUAAAUCCGGCCCAGUGUACAUAUUCUUACCCCUCGACUUGUCCGCCGAGGAAGUUGAAGCUAGUCUUCUCGACACCCCAAUUGACACCUCUCCGUACAUCGACACAGAAGCCCAGAACGCGGCAGUCCACGCCAUAACCAGCGCUCUAAGCGCCGCAAAACAUCCCAGCAUCCUCAUCGACGCUCUCGUACAACGCUUCGACGCCAUCUCCGAGACACAACAGCUCAUCAACACGCUAUGCGUACCCGUCUUCUCAGCAAACAUGGGUAAGGGCAUCAUCGACGAAACCUCCCCGUUCUACAUUGGGGUCUGGAACGGCGCGAUCGGAACCCCCGGUGUGCUCGAAGCCGCCGAAUCCGCAGACCUCAUGAUAACGCUAGGCUACCUGCCUGCAGACACAAACUCAGGCGGGUUCAGCCGCAAGAUAGAAGAAGCAAAGACAAUCCACAUCAAUCCGCAUUCUGUCGUUGUCUUCGGCAAAGAGUAUCCCAAGACCAGUAUCAAGCCGCUGCUCGCUGCGCUUGUAGACGCUCUGCCCGCGACGCCGCAGCAUAGUGUCCCCAAGGCUGUGCUCCCACCACCAAGGACCCCGCUGGAUAGAGAUGCGAGCCAUAUCACGCAGUCGUGGCUGUGGCCGCAGAUCGAGAAGUUCCUGCAGCCGGGCGAUGUGAUUGUCGGCGAGACAGGAACUUCCGUCUUUGGACUAUGCGACAUUGCGUUCCCGCCGUCUGUUCAAUUCAUAGCACAAGUCUACUACGGUAGUAUUGGGUACGCGAUGGCUGCGACGCUGGGCAUUGAGAUUGCGCGGAAAGAGCUCGAAGGGAAGGCGUCGAGACAAGGAAGAACGGUGUUGAUCACAGGAGACGGUUCAAUGGCACUCACGAUCCAAGAGCUCGGGACCAUGAUCAAAGCCGGCAUCGCGCCUGUCAUCUUCAUCAUCAAUAACGAAGGCUACACAGUCGAGCGCCUGAUCUGGGGCGCCCAGCAACCGUACAACGAUAUCGUUCCCCAUGACUACUUACACCUCCUCCCGCUCUACCACCACCCCUCGCCCGACACCAGCUUCCACCGCGCGACCACCAAGACGCAGCUCGAGCUCAUCCUGGGGCAGAAAUGCAUCAAGACGCCCGUGCAUCUGCAGCUGAUCGAGCUCGUGGUGCCGAAGAUGGAUACGAGUUGGCGCUUGGGCGCGCAGCUGGCGUGGCGGGGCGAGAAGGAUGCGGAGAGGCUGACGAGGGAGGGGUUUGUGGAUACGUAUGGAGGGUGGGGAUUGGAGGGCGUGGAGAAGGGCAGUGUGAAGUGGAGUUGAGCGUGUGGACUAGAGGGGGUUUCUGGCGCGUGCCGAUCAGCGAGCUAAAGGUUGCAUCGUGGGUGUGUAGUGCAUCGAGCAAUAGCAAUCAUGUUUAUCCUGAGACA